CCAAGGACGUCGUUGUUGAGCUGUCAAGGAGAAGAACUACCAUGGCUUCCAGUUCUUUGACAAAACCUCAGAUGCGUGGCCUUCUGGCCAAGCGUCUGCGAUUUCAUAUUGUUGGAGCAUUCGUUGUCUCCUUGGGAGUUGCAGCUUUCUAUAAGUUUGCCGUGGCUGAACCAGGAAAGAAGACAUAUGCAGAUUUCUACAGAAAUUAUGAUUCCGUAAAAGAUUUUGAGGAGAUGAGGAAGGCUGGUAUCUUUCAGAGCGCAAAGUGAUUUUGGAAUAUAAAGAAUUUCUUUGGGUUGAGUUCCAUGUAAGUUUGUCACUUACCUGUGUUCCUGAACUAUGAACUACUAAUAUCUGGACUAAGGAAUAGCUUCUCAUGAUAAAUAAACGAUUAACAACAA